CUCUUCAUUUCACCGUCAGAUUAAUUCAGUCUUCAUCGCAGGAUGGCUGAAACAUACGUGAGACAUGUGGAACUGCUAGGAUUUGAGAAAAGAUUCUUUCCCAGCCAGCACUAUGUGUACAUGCUCCUGGUAAAAUGGAGCGAUCAGUCUGAAAAGCUGGUGUACAGACGCUAUCCAGAAGUACACACAUUACAUAAAACUUUGAAGGAAAUGUUUCCUAUCGAGGCAGGAGAUAUUGACGCAAAUGACCGAAUCAUUCCCACCUUACCAGCUCCUAAAUGGCUGGACAAUCAGAAAACCACAGAGACGAGGCAGGCGACUCUUGCUGAAUACUGCCGUUCUCUUCUCAACCUGCCAGCCAACAUCUCCCGCUGUCAGCCUGUGCGGGACUUUUUCAAAAUGAGGCCUGAAGAUGAAACUCCACCAGCACCACAUCCAUACAAAAGAAAUGAGACCUUCAUUAUGUCCACAAACAGAGUACGGAGCAACACCACAUCAGAAAUCACAGGGCCCAUCAUGCUCGAGACGUACAGAGUAAUCGCAGACUACAGCAAGAGCUCCAAGUAUGAGCUCACGCUGAAGAUGGGAGACAUGGUGGACAUUGUGGAGAAAAGCCAAAAUGGCUGGUGGUUUUGUCAGAAUGAGUCCAGGAGAGGAUGGGUUCCAGCUUCAUACUUAGAGCCGCUUGAUGGAGCAGAUGAAUCUGAGGAGCCAGAGCCUAAUUAUGCAGGAGAGCUCUACAAAACCACCAGAGGCUAUAAAGCUGUGGAACAGGAUGAGAUGACUCUCGAAGCAGGAGACAUGAUUGAGGUCAUCCAUAAACUUCUCGAUGGGUGGUGGGUGGUCAGGAAAGGCGAGGAGACUGGUUUUUAUCCAUCCAUGUUCCUGUGCAGGACGGGGGAGAGGAAAGAGGUGGAUGCUGAGAGGGAUGUGGUCAGAAGAGCAACACCACCACCCAGAAGGUCGACCAUCCGCAAUGCCCAGAGUAUUCAUGCUACAGGACGCCGGCGAAUCAGUCAAGACAGCUACCGGAAACAGAGCCGCCGCUUCUUACAGCAGAGAGGAAGACUGAACUCACACUCCAGAAUCGGGACACGAUCUCCACUGCAGGAGAGGAGGAAUAACAGAGAGAACAUCGCGAAAUCAGACGCUCCUCAAGCAGAAGAUGAGGAUAAAAGUGUUCCAGUGGUUCCUCCUCGGCCCAGUCCUCAGCUCAUUCUGGAGCGCUGCACUGAAAACACAAGCAAGAGGAUCAGCAUGCAUGAGGCCGACUGAAGCAUCCCACUAAGCAAUUUUAUGUUUAAUAGACGUCUGAUAGACAUCUAAACGUGCAUCAUACGUCAACGUCACGUCAAUGUCAUGGCUGCCUUCAUAGAAAAUUUGCCAGAGCAGCACAAACUAGAGAGGGUUUGGCUAAAACAAGGGUAAAUUUGGUCUGUCAGUGACCAAUAAAACAAGGCUAAAUUAGUAGACAUCUAAUAGACAUCUAAGAAUGGCUCAAAACUAGACUAGUCAUCAAAUACAGGGCUUUUUUGGGGGGUUGGUGCGCUAUAGAAGUCUAUGACAUUUUCACUUACAGACCAAAUUUAGCCUUGUUUUAGCCAAGCCAUCUAUGUUUAGACGUCUAUUAGACAUCUUUUAAAAAAAAAUGUUUGCUGGGAUCACACAGCGCCUGCUCAACAUUUGGCUCAUUUGGAGCGCUGCACUGAAAACACAUGCAAGAGGAUCAGCAUGCAUGAGGCUGAAUGAAUUACCAAAUUUAGCCUUGUUUUAGUCAAGCCAUCUAUGUUUAGACAUCCAUUAGACAUCUAUUAGACGACUUUUAAAAACAAAAAAUGCUUGCUGGGAUCCCACAGUGUCUGCUCAGCAUAUGGCUUCAAUCUGCAAUAGAAAUGAUCACAGGCAUUUAAAUGCUUACAUUGACUCCAGUUUAGCCCAGAACCUGUUAUAAGCUAUGUGUGUUAUACUUUUAAUAUGUAUGACUUUCUUCAAAGUAAAUAUUCUAUGCUGUAGGAGAAUCCCCCCCCACCCCCAAAAAAAGUUUCAGUAAACAGUUUGUAAUAGAACCAUUUGUUUAGUAAUCUAAAUCUAGUCUAAAUCUAAUCUAAAAGUAAUCUGUUUAGUUGAAGAUUUUUUUUUUACAUAUAUAGACCCUUUUGGGCAAUAGAAAGUUUCUGUGAAUGGUAAAUGUUCUUACUGGAACCAUUGAUGAUAAUAAGUAAUCUUUAUUGCAUUUUUAGAAGUGAAUGUUUAUGACCAGCUAUAGGCUACUUAAGUAUGCAUUUUUAAGAUGUACUAUGUUUAACCAAUUUUUAAAAUGUAUUUUUACAGUUAUGAAUAAA